AGUUACAAAACCAGUCAUCGAUUCGGCGGGAGUAAUAUCGUCUUCAUCUCCUUCAAAUUGAAACAAAAUCUGCUCAAAUUUAUAUAUUAUUGCUUGUAAUUCGCUAAUUUUGAGCUUUUCAGUUCUACGUUACAUAUUGAAAUUUUGUAGAAUCUGAUAUAUGGGGAAGCGAAAGAGAACUAGGGUUCCUAGAGACGCCGAGGAAGAAAUAGAACAAGACGGAUCUCAGGAAGACGAUGAAAGAUCCACAAAACACCAGAGUUUAUACCAGGUUCUUGGUGUUGAAAAGGAAGCAACCCAACAAGAAAUUAAGAAAGCAUAUUAUAAAUUAGCUUUAAGGUUACAUCCUGACAAGAAUCCUGAUGACGAGGAAGCAAAAGAGAAGUUUCAGGGCUUACAGAAGGUGAUCUCAAUACUUGGUGAUGAGGAGAAAAGAGCAUUAUAUGAUCAGACUGGUUGUGUUGAUGAUGAUGAUCUUGCAGGGGAUGUUGUUAACAAUCUAAAAGAGUUCUUCAAGACAAUCUACAAAAAGUUAACCGAAGAAGAUAUUCAACAGUUUGAAGCAAACUACAGAGGAUCUGAGUCAGAGAAGAAUGAUUUGAUUGAAUUGUACAAAAAGUACAAGGGUAACAUGAACAGGCUCUUCUGUUCAAUGCUAUGCUCUAAUCCUAAGCUGGAUUCCCACCGAUUUAAGGAUAUUCUGGACGAGGCAAUUGCUAAAGGAGAUUUGAAGUCAAGAAAAGUUUAUCAGAAAUGGUCUAAGCAAAUGUCCAACAUAAGACCACCUACAAGUCCUUCAAGAAGGAUCAGGGCUAGGGUCAGGGGCAACGGGACAAAGGAGGAGUCGCAAGAUUUAUUUGCAUUAAUGUCUCAGCGUCGGAGCCAGAGGAAAGAUCAGUUUGAUUCAUUGUUUACAUCAUUGGUCUCAAAAUAUGGUGGUGGUCGAAAUAUAGUUGAAUUAGAACCUACUGACGAAGAAUUUGAAGCUGCAAAGAAGAAACUCGAAAGAGGAAAGAAAUCUAGGCACAAGUAAAGUAAACUAACUGCUGCUUAGUGUCUGAGGUAUUUCCGUUUUGUUUUGUUUUGUUUGUUAUCGAUUGAACAUGGAUUUUCUUGAUGAAAAGAAGAAGUUGCAAUCUAUAAGCCAAUCCAUUGAUAUAUCUUCUA